UCCUUCUUUUUGAGUUUCACACUCUUCUUCAUCUCUAACUCUAGUCCCACACGUUCAUUUCCUUAGCCAAGAAAAAAGAGCUAGGGAAACAAAGAUCCUCCAGCUCCAAUGGGUUUGGUGAAAGUUUCAUGGGUGGUUCUACUUUCACUUUCCUUGACUUUAAACAUCUCUACAUGCAGCAAGCUGCUUGAGAAAUGCUCAGAAGAUAGUGAUUGUGAUGCUGGACUGUAUUGUUUCUCUUGUCCUCAAGGUUUCCGUGGCAAGAAAUGUGUGAGAUCAUCUCCUACUAACCCCUUCAAAGUCCUGAAUAAUUCCCUGCCUUUUAACAAAUAUUCAUUUUUGACGAGUCAUAAUGCCUUCGCCAUUGAUGAUGAGCCAUCUCAUACUGGAACUCCAAGAAUUACCACAACAAAUCAAGAGGAUACUAUUACUCAGCAGCUCAAUAAUGGUGUUCGAGCAUUAAUGCUUGACACAUACGAUUUUGAGGGAUCUGUGUGGCUUUGUCAUUCUUUUGGAGGGAAAUGUCGCGAUUUUACAGCAUUUGAACCGGCCAUAGACACUUUAAAGGAAAUUGAAGCUUUUUUAUCUGCGAAUCCAUCAGAAAUUGUCACAUUGAUUCUAGAAGACUAUGUCACAACCCCAAAAGGAUUGACAAAGGUGUUCACAGACGCAGGGUUGAUGAAGUAUUGGUUUCCCGUAGCAAAGAUGCCACAAAAUGGUCAAGACUGGCCGCUGGUCAGAGACAUGGUUGCACGAAACCAAAGGCUAAUAGUGUUUACUUCAAUCGAAAUCAAGCAACAAAGUGAAGGGAUUGCUUAUCAGUGGAACUUCAUGGUUGAAAACAAAUAUGGAGAUGAUGGGAUGAAAGAAGGAAGCUGCUCAAACCGAGAGGAGUCCUCAUCACUUAAUGACAAGAGCAAAUCACUGGUUCUGGUUAAUUACUUCAGGUCUGUAUCAAGCAAAGUAUUAGCAUGUGGGCAGAACUCUCAAAACUUGAUUGACAUGCUUCAAACUUGUUAUGGUGCUGCUGGAAAUCGAUGGGCCAACUUUGUUACAGUUGAUUAUUACAAGAGAAGUGAAGGAGGAGGAGCAUUUCAAGCUGUAGACAGACUGAAUGGGGAGCUACUAUGUGGCUGCAAUAGUGUGCAGGCUUGCAAGGAUGGAUCAAGUACAUGUACCCGCAGAGGAGGGUGAUGCUUCGACAGUACUUUGUUAUAAAGGCUUCAAGGAGAUGCAAAUGUGGUGGUAUAUUGACUAGUGGUGCAUAACACAUUGUCUCGAUGCCCCUCCAGCAUCGCAUGGCUCUCGACAUCCCUUUACCUGUAAUGUGUUGCGCGCAGGGGAGAUAAAGAAAUUUGAGUUUUGGACACCUGCAAAUAUGUUGAGGUGAGCAAUACAGACUUCAGGAAUCAUCAAUCAGGAGGUACUUGUAUUUGUAAUGCUUAUGAUAACAGUAAAGAGUUCCCAGAAAUAAUGUCAUGCUGAAAAUUUUUCAGUUGCAGUAGCCAGUAGGUAGCCUGGCUGAGACGCAUGCAGUUAGCAGGGUUAUAUAAUGUAAACAAACCAUAGUAAAAUGGUUUGCAAAUAUUUGAAUAGAC